ACCCGCCGCUCAGGGAAGACCGUUCCCAAGACAAUGCCUAGGGCCCGCCCCGCCCGUGCUGCGUAUGACGCAACCAGUGCUGUAGCCAAUCGUGGGCUGCGCGGCGCAUUCGAACAGGGCGCUGGAGGGCGGCCGCUGCUGGUGCGCUUGCCUGGGGGCAGAUUCCAUGUAAAAGCUGGAUGGUGGCUCACUCGAUUGUAGAGAAGAUAAAAUUAAAAAAUCAAGUUAAUCUCUCAGGAGAAGCUUCAGUUGUAUAUUUUAAAUCCUAAAAUUAAAACGUGCUUGAAGCCAAAAUGCCCAUAUACGCAGUUCCUACUAGAAACCACACUGAGGUGCUUGGUGUUUCUUCUUUCCAAAAAAAUCCUCCCCAAAAUACCUUUCCUGAAAGCAACAGGUUUGGACAGCAGUUUAAAUCACAGGUACCAGAAGAUGAAAAAGAUAAUUCACUGUCUCUUUCUCUGACUAAGACCAAAGAAAUAAAUAGGACCUAUGUGAUUUCUGCCUGUAAAAAUGCAGGUGAUCCUUCAGUUACAUUUAAACCCGAAGGUAGGUUAACUCUCCAGAGAAGAACUGGAGCAAGCAGAAUAUCCCCUUCUAUUGAUAAACAGUUGGAGGAGAACACAGCACAGGACAUUGAAAGUACCCAAACAGAUGGAAGACUUACCCUGAAGCGACGUUUGGGGACUGGAUCAAUAGAGAAACAUAAAACAAAUAAGAACAGUGAACCUGGGAUAGAAAAUAGAGAUUCUGUUGUUGCACAGACAAACAACAAAAAUGGAUUUCCACCAGGCAUUAGUACUAGUAACACCCGUUACAUUAAAUCUAGUACUCAGUUUGUUGAAGGUCAGAUGAAUGAAAAGAGAUGCUCUGAUCUGAAAAAUAAAGAUUCCCUUGCUAAUCUUAAUGGUUCAAGUGGAAAUGGGAAUAGUAAAUGUUUGAAAUAUAGGGCAACUAUUGUUGAUGCCAAAAUUCAAAAUGACGUUCCUAGAUCAGCACAUUUAAUAGCAACAAAACUUAACAGGACCCCAGGGGUAAAGCUGAAUGAAAAAGAUAAUUUUAAUGAACUGACUGGAAAGGAAAGGAUACAAAAUACAGUUGCUAAAUAUGGCAGUGUGGAAAAACAAAGAACACCUAGGAGAGGUGGUACAACAGAAGGAACAAAGGCUAUACCAAUGUGUAGCACUCUUCAGGAUGCCAAAAGUCCAGCUAUGUCUACUCUUAAGAACAGGACACCUUGUCUUCAAGUUAUACAGAAAAAGAACACCCAUGCAUCCAGCUCUUUGUCCAUACAUAGAAGUGCCAGGGCAGAAGGGAGUCAAAUAUUUAUGCAACCUGCUGCACUUAAAGUAGAAACUGUAGCUCAGAACACUUGCAUAGAGGAAAAUCCUCUCAAAGUAGAAAACAGUAAAGUGACUGUGGCUGUGCGAGUAAGGCCUUUCAGUGACAGAGAGAAAAAAGAAAAAGCAUUCCAGGUGGUCUCCAUGAGUGGCCUGGAGACAGUUGUGCGACAUCCAGAAACAAAACAAGUGUAUGACUUCAUUUAUGACUUUUCAUUCUGGUCUUUUGACUACUGUCAUCCUAACUUUGCCAGCCAGGAGACGAUAUAUAAGGCAUUGGCAGUACCGCUUCUAGAAAGAGCGUUUGAGGGAUACAACACUUGUCUUUUUGCUUAUGGACAGACUGGUUCUGGAAAAUCAUAUACGAUGAUGGGAUUUGGUGAAGAACUAGGAAUAAUUCCAAGAUUUUGUGAAGAUCUUUUUACUCAAAUAGCACAAAUGGACACACAGCAGAAUUUGUACCAUCUUGAAAUGAGCUAUUUUGAAGUCUACAAUGAGAAAAUUCAUGAUUUGCUCAUCUUCAAAGCUGAAAAUGGACAAAAGAAACAACCUCUCCGUGUAAGAGAACAUCCAGUAUUGGGGCCAUACGUGGAAGACUUGACAGCGAACAUAGUCAGUUCUUAUUCAGAUAUCCAGAGUUGGCUCGAGCUAGGAAAUAAACAGAGAGCAACUGCUGCCACAGGCAUGAAUGACAAGAGCUCUAGAUCUCAUUCUGUCUUCACCCUCGUGCUAACGCAAACAAAGACAGAAUUUGUGGAAGAAGAAGGGCAUGAUCAUAGGAUUACCAGUCGCAUAAAUCUAAUAGAUCUAGCAGGCAGCGAACGCUGCUCUCCAACUCAGACCAGUGAGGAGAGGCUGAAGGAGGGCGUGAGUAUUAAUAAAUCACUGCUGACUCUGGGGAAAGUUAUUUCUGCGCUUUCUGAGCAAUCUCAGAACAGAAAGAGAGCUUUCAUUCCUUAUCGGGAAUCUGUCCUUACGUGGUUAUUAAAGGAAAGUCUUGGUGGAAAUUCAAAAACGACAAUGAUUGCCACAAUAAGCCCUGCUGCCAGCAAUGUAGAGGAAACCCUAAGCACUCUUCGAUAUGCUAAACAAGCUUGUUUGAUAAUCAACAUUGCCAAAGUAAAUGAAGAUGUGAAUGCUAAAUUAAUUAGAGAACUGAAAGCAGAAAUUGAGAAACUGAAAGCAGCUCGGAAAAGUACUCUAAAUAGAGAUCCUGAGAAAUAUAGACAGUAUCUGCAAGAAAUAACAUCCCUAAGGGUAAAACUACACCAACAAGAAAGGGAUAUGGCAGAGAUGCAAAGAGCCUGGAAAGAAAAAUUUGAACAAGCAGAACAGAGGAAAUUUGAAGAAACAAAGGAGUUACAGAAAGCAGGAAUUACGUUCAAGAUGGACAAUCGUUUGCCAAACCUUGUCAAUCUCAAUGAAGAUCCUCAGCUUUCUGAGAUGCUUUUGUAUAUGAUAAAAGAAGGACAAACUACAGUUGGAAAGUACAAACCAAAUUCUCAUCAUGAUAUCCAGCUCUCUGGAGUGCUAAUUGCUGAUGAUCACUGUGUUAUCAAAAAUGUUGAUGGUAGAGUGAGUAUUACACCACUGGGAGAAGCAAAGACAUAUGUUAAUGGGAAACACAUUUCAGAGCCAACAGUUAUGCAUCACGGUGAUCGGGUGAUUCUUGGUGGAGACCAUUAUUUCAGGUUUAAUCAUCCAGUAGAGGUUCAGAAAGUAAAAAGGCCAUCUUGUGGGACUACCUUUUCAUGUGAUGGGCCAAAAGAUUUUGAAUUUGCAAAAAAUGAACUGUUGGUUGCACAGAGGUCACAACUUGAAUCAGAAAUUGAAACAGCACGACUGAAAGCUAAGGAGGAAAUGAUGCAAGGUAUCCAGGUUGCAAAAGAGAUGGCUCAACAAGAACUUAUUUCUCAAAAAAAAGUUUACGAAAGCAAGAUAAAAUCACUAGAAGCAGAACUGAGAGAAGAAUCUCAUAAGAAACAAAUUCAGGAAAUGAAUCACCAGCAGACUGCUAACAAAAUACAAGAACUGGAAAAAGCAAAGCAACAUCUUGAGUUAGAAGUACAUUUCAGCAAGAAGCGCCUGGAAAUGGAGACAUUAGCCACCAGACAGGCUUUAGAAGAUCAUACUAUUCAUCAUGCAAAGAUUCUUGAAGCUCUGGAGGCUGAGAAGCAGAAAAUUGCUAAAGAAAUAGAAACUCUCCAGCAGAAUCGUGGAAAUGAGAAUAAAACUAUAACUAUUAAGCCUAACUGGAAUUCUAUGAAACUCUCUCUGAUGAUCCAGGAGGCCAAUACCAUUAGUAGCAAAUUAGGAAAGCAUACAGUCUUCUGCAGACAUGAUAUAUCAGAACAAGGAAAUGGCACUGGACCUUCUGUUAAAGUGCUGGUUCGUAACCUCAAGCUGGGAAUUGCAACUUUCUGGAGCCUGGAGAAGUUUGAAUAUAAGCUAGCAGCAAUGAAAGAACUCUAUGAGACUAACAGUAGUAACAAAGCUGAUGAUGUAUUUUAUGACCCUGCUGAUGAAUGGGAACCUGACCUUACAACUACAUCCGUUUCUUCCUUUUCCAAAAGGAGGAGCAGAAGUUUCAUGAAGAACAGGAGAAUUUCUGGAUGUUUGUCUGAUAUAAAAUUGCAGCCAAUCCAGACUCUACACACAUCGCACUUAUCAGGUUCAGUCAAUAAAUCCAGCAGCAUAUGUUCAGGUUCUUCUGAAUCAUUUCUACCUGGAAUUUGCAAAGAAUUAAUUGGUUCGGCUUUGGAUUUACUAGGACAGAAUCAUGCAGAAGAAAAGAGUAUAGCAGAUAGUCUCCUAACUAAUUUGCUUACUAUUUAUACUGGAGUAACUGCUAUUUCAAAUGUCUAUGAACAACAAGAUGAAGAAAGUCAAGAUAAUUUUUUCUUUCUUGAUCGUGCUACUCAGUCCUGCAGCAUCAGAAUUACCUCUGCUUUUGAACAACUUGUGGUUCUAACCGAGCAUUGGCUUAAUAGUUUCCAAAAGUGUACUGAUUCCCUAAUAAUUGAUGAUGAAUUGAGACAGGGUGUAAAAAACUUGGGAGGUUAUUUACAAUUACUGUUGCAGGGUUGUUGUUCAGAUAUAUCCUCAAUGGUAACAGAAGCACACACCAAAAUAAUCCAAAUCGUGAAACAAGCAGGAAAACAUGUAGGACACUUGACAGCAUUUACAGGAUCUGACCUACACCUUUCUGAAGAGACCAAAGAAGAUGCAACUAUCUCACAGGAAGAUUUUAUACUUGCUAUUUAUGAUGGAGUAGGCUCAGGACUGAAGAGUCUCUUGGAUUCUGUACAGAAAAAAACAAAAGAGGUACAGAAAGAGCUUUUGAAACAGGAUCCACAAAAUGAGGUUCAAAAUCAAAUAAAGAAUAAUGCAGUGGCUUUCGCCAGAUCCCUUGAAAAUACAGUAUCUGACUGCAAAAAAAGAGAAAUGGGAACUCGAUUAACAAUAGAAGAAUCUGCCUACCAGGAACUAAAGAAGGCAACUAAUCUUGCUUCUGAAUACUUGGAAUUAGAGCAGUGCAUAGAUAAAGUCUGUCAGAUCAUUACUACUUCAUUACAAGGAUCGUACAGAAAUACAACUCAACUCAGAGGCUAUACAGAAAAGAUUUGCAUCUUAGCUGGGCAUUUUAAUAAUUACUGCACUUCGUUUAGCUUGCCUUCUGCUUCAGCAAACAGUCAUACUUGCGGAACAACCACAUCUUUUAUGGUCACUUCUGAACUGGAUUCUCUAGCCAAGUCACUCAUUAUAAGUUUUGAACUUGAACAAGGACAUAAUUCAUUGGCAUCUCAGACUAUUUGUAUGCAAAAGACCAGGACUGAAGAAAAACAGCUUGAAACUGGCGAAUCUACUCGGAAACAGAGAGGAGUUCCAAAACGCGAAUAUAAACUUCAGCCUUCAGCUACAAGUUCAGGGAAACUUUCACCCAGUGGGAUACAGUGGGUAUAAAAUUAAGGCAUUAAAUAUAGUAGACUCCUGAAUGUAGGAAAAAGUAAACAUUAUAGGCAUCUUUUUUUUUAAUGAAAGAGACACCAGGAGGACAUCUGUCUUUUUUUUAUUUUUAGAAGGAAAAAUAAUAUAUCGUAGAAGGUUGAAAUGUGUUCAUAAUUUUAUCAUGAGCAUGGACAGUGUGUGAAAGUAGAGGACUUGAGGUACAAGAAGAUUUGUUCCUGUGCAAUUCAGUGCAACACAUGUAAAUCCAGAAGACUUUACAUUAAACUUACAGUUAAGAAAAUUACAAACGUGAGUUUAAUUCAAACCUAUAUCUAACUGUAGUAAAUUAUAGAACAACAUACAAGAAGUAACCAGACAGUGGGUAAAAUUCUAGUCCAAAUAUAAUAUGU